AUGCAGUCGGUGAUCGGGGUCGUACUAGCCACGCUGACUAUCAUCCUGCGAGGCGCCGCCGAGCGCCAUUGGAGCCGCGGGUCUCUCGGGCCCGAGGCCCCUUGCGUGCGGGAGCCGCCGCCUGCGCCUGCUGCGAAGGUGGAGGACAUCAUUCGACGGGCACGGUCCGAGAGCUGCGUGUGCGAGCUGACCUGCGACUCGGUGGAGCGGGGCGCCCGCCUCGUCUUCAUCGCGACUGUUUCGAUCUGUGCUUGGCAGUCCUGCAUCCUCGGGCUCUACUGCGGCUGGCCGCUUUCGGUGCAGGAGUUGUCGAGUAGUUUGUUCCCAGGGCGGAUCGUGGCCAUCGGGUACCCUGGCGAGGACCUCUGGCAUGAGAGAGUUGUGAUGGGCCCUGGGCUUCGCGAUGCUGCGGGGGUCGUCGCCAAUUGGUGGACCCUGACACCAGAUGGGGAUUUAUAUGAGGAGGACAUCUCCAUGGAGGCGGGCGAGGGCGAGCGGCUGGUCAUGCUCGACUUGGCUGGCUCCUGUCCUCGCGCCCUGCGCGGCAGGUUCCACAGGUUUGCAGGCGGCGCUUAUCCCAGCGAUGACCGUGUCCGCCGCGAGGGGCCUCCUGCCUUGCUGGACUUCGUGACCGAGGACGGCGUCCUGGCCCCUUUGUCGGACGUCGGGCGACGGCUCCGCAGAGGAGGCGCCGCUGGCGUGGGGGGCGGCGGCGCGGGGGCGGUCGUUGUUGACGACGGGGCCGCUGCUCCCGAAAUGCCCCUGCCCCCCGAGGCGGCGCCGCCUGGCGGUGAUGUCAGUCCUGGCGCAGGCGGGGCCGUGGCGCCCUACUUGGCCGUGCUGCCCGAGCGCCCAGCCCACCGUGAGGGUUUGGUCUGGUUGGUGACCGAGAACGCCGAUGGCCACGAGACGCUGGGCAUGGAGGUCAUCCCUCGCGCUGGCGACGUGGUCGUCACGACGGCGGACGGCGUGGUCUACAGGCGCAGCAGCUUCCUCCGUGUCCAGGCGGUCCCGCACCGCGACUGCGCGGGGUUCGCGAGGGCGCUGAGGGACGUCCUAACGUUGUGGGUCGACUACGGCGAGGUGGGAGAGAGGUACAAGAGCUGGAAGAAGGCGGCGCAUGAGAGCAUGGAGGAGCCCAUCUCCGCCGCGGAGGUGCAGGGCCCACCAGGCGCGCUUCACCUUGCCCGCCACGUCGAGCAAUACGGCGGUGAUCCGCGGCGCUGGUGGCAGGAGUUCUCGCGCAGCAAUAGCAUCUUCAAGACGGAUCGCGUCUACCAUGGGAUGAUUACGUUGACGGAGAGCUUCAAGUUAUUCGGCGAGUGCGACCAGCUGAACUUGGGCGCGUCUGCGGGCAUUGAGAAGAUGGUGCGGCGCAUGCUGGGCGUGAUAGACGCCUACUCCAUGGGCGGCGGGGCGCCGUCCUGGCGCAUGGCCGCCGUGUACGAGGGCGAGGCGAGCUGCGGCGACGCCAUUGUCCCCGCCCUGCGGAAGUGGGGGGUGAACAAGCUGAAGGACCAGGCGGAGAUCGAGAGUACUCGGGCGCCGCCGACGGCGGACGAGGCCGCGGAGGCGGCGGUGAUGCAGGUCGGGGCUGGCGGGGCGGCAGAGGCUCCGCGGCCCCGAAGGUGGGGAAUUUUCGAGCGCCUGGCCGCCCUCGCCCCUUUGAGAAGUUUCCGCUGGCUCUUCCUCGGCGUGGAGCUGCACCUGCUGGCGGCGGCCGCCGCCGUGGGCGCUACCGUGCUCGCGAUCCCGUACGUCAGCCCCACUCAGCUGGAUGAGAGCCUGGCAUGCUUGGAGUCGCUCGCGGAGCUUCAGGUGCGCGAGGGGGCUCGGGAGUUCUACAAGCCGCCAGAAGUGGCCCUUCGGGGGUUGCUCUGUGAGAAGGCGUCUGGCUACAGGAUGGACGCUUCCUCGACUACGCUCGCGCCGUGCCAGCGCGGUCGGGUCUCUUUGCCCGAGAAGAGGACCGGCGUCCCGAGUGUCUCGGACUUAAUUGGGGACCGCGGCCGGUACUUUCUGCAGGGCGCAGGAGAGCGCAUGCUGGAUCCGACCUUCAGCGACAGUGUUGAUGAUGUUGCUGAGCGCUGCUCUGUUAACCAACAGCUCGCCAGCAGCCCCACGCUCUACACCCGUUUCAUCCGUGACCUCAAGGCCAGGAACAUGUUGGUCUUCGGCGGAUGGGUUCAUGAGCGCACUGAUUUUUUUCAUCGCAAGAAGAACGGCAAGCCCCGCCUCAUCCUCGACGCGCGGCGGGCCAACAGGAUGCUUUUCAUCAGAUGGACAUCCCGACCUGGCUCUCGCUGGUUCGGCUUGCCCCCCGUCCGCGCUGCCGAUGCGGGGCUGACGGAUACUCUGGAUGGCCCAGUCGGGCCCGACGGGAUGGUGACGCCGAUGCCUCGGUGUCUGCCCAUGGGCUUCUCGUGGAGCCUGGCCCUGGCGCAGGACGUCGACGAGGAGGUGGCCAGCCAGGUGCUGAGUCGUGCCGAGCUGCUUCGCGAUCGGGGCCAGCCUCUGGUCCUCGCGCUGCGGGGCGAGGCCGCUUCGGACACCAGGCACUACAUCUACGUCGACAACAUCGGUGUCUUCGGGUCAGACGGCAGCGUGGUUGCAUCGAAGUUGGAGGACGUCUGCGCGGCCUUCGAGGCGAGGGGCCUCGCCGUGCACGGGGUGGCGACCUCCGGCUCGGGCGUCGAGGCGCUGGGGGUGCUCCUCGACGGGCGGCGGCGGCACGCGAGGCUGACGGCCACGCGUUUCUGGCGCGUCAGAGGUGCCUUGCUGGCCUUGGCGGGGCGCCGCCGCGCCACUGGGCGUCAAGUGGAGAUCGUCCUUGGGCAUGCCACCUUCUGCGGGCUGGUGAGGCGCGAGACGUUGUCGGUGUUCGCGACGGUCUACCCGCUCAUCAAGCGGCACUACGACCAGCCCGCGCCCCUCUGUUGGGGGUCGGACUGGAACCCUCUCGUCGUGGCCACCGACGCUUCGGAGACGGGCUACGGCAUCUGCACGCGCUGGUUCGCCGCCGAGGACGUCGCCGCCGUGGGCCGCUGCCGAGAGCGCGACCGCUACCCCGCAGAGGGGCGCGUCGGAGCUCGCGCGGCGGCGCUCGGGGCCGAGCCGCCCCCCUGCGAGCCCCUUGACGUAGAGGGCUGCGCAGACCUCCAGCCUGAUCCGCACUUUGCCGAGGUCCCCAGCUGCAUGACCGAUCGCGCCGCUUGGACGGUUGUCGGCGGCUGGAAGUUCGAGCAGCCAGAGGACAUCAUGGCCCUGGAGGCUCGCGGCAUGCUGCGCGGGCUGGAGCGAGUGAGUCGCGCCAGGAAGCGCCGACUGGAGAGUUUGCUGGGGCCGUCCGCAUCGCUGCAGAGCACUGCCCGUGUCCUCAAGGCGGAGGGCGAGUUGGGGGUCGCCGAUCUGGCCCGCAGCGCUUGCGAGUCUGGCCUUGCGGACUCCGAGGUGAGACUUAUCCUGGAGCAGCUGAAUGGGUUGAUCAGGACUGAUCCGCGCUCCAGAGAGGCGUCGAGCUCGGACCGCGAGGGCGAGGCCACGGCUGCCGCGCGGCAGCGGGCGCUCCCCCGCGGCAGGAAGGACGCGCUGACGAAGCUGCUGGCGUCCGAGGCGCUUCCAGAACUCUCCCACUUGACGCUCGGAGAGCACGCGGCGGUGAGGCCUCGGACCGAGGCCCAGUAUGCCCAGGAGGUGCACCAGUUCAGCCUGUUCUGUGGCGUCGCGCGCGCGACGGAGAUCUCGAUCGAGGAUCUGGACGACCUGCUGGUCCAGCACAUCGAUCGCCAGAUCAAGUCGGGAGUGACGGCAGCUCGCGGCAUGAAGCUGUUGGCUGGGGUGGUCCACGCUCGGCCGAAGGCGGGGAGGCAAGGCCCACGCACGUUGCGUCGCAGCUGGAGGGCGCUGAAGGGAUGGCAGAACUUGUGUCCCUCGACCUCCCGUCUGCCCGAAGCGUGGCCCAUUUGGCGUGCCAUCGUGAACGGGCUGUGCGGCAUGGGGCGAUGCGACAUGGCCUUGUUCAUCUGUCUCAUGUGGAGCACGUGCGCGCGCCCUAUCCAGUUGAUGGUGCUCAAGCCCGAGUGCAUGUACGCCCCCAGCCGAGUGGCCACUUAUUGGACCGUUCAGUUGAACCCAGAGGUCGACGGGGUGCCCUCCAAGGCGAAGGAGUUCGACGUGACGAUCGCGUUGCUGGCGGCUGCUGUGCAGAAAGUCGCCCGCGACCUGGGUUUCAACCUGGCGGUGUACCAGGCCAGGCGCAGUGGCGCCAGCGCGGACAUGGCCUCGCGUCGGCGCACGCUGGCGGAGGUCAAAAAGCGGGGCGGCUGGAAGUCAGACCGCUCGGUGGUGCGAUACGAGAAGGGCGCGAGGUCGAGCUCGACGCGGAUGGUCCGCCCGAGCUGGCUACGGCAGCACGCAGCGCAGCGCGAGGAGCAGUUUGUGGAGAUUUUGGUGCACGGCCGCGACUCGUUCGCUUAG